AUUACAUUCAAACAACUGCUGAAAUUCCAAAAUAGUUUCCCCUUGAGAAGAAAUCAGCCGAUUCUAUAUUCUCUUGGGUAUCCUGUGACUUAUGUUCUUUGCACUUUCAGAAUGAGUAUUGUCUAUCACAGAUUUUUCUAUGCCAGGUACACUGUUCAUUACUUCUGUCCGAUCUGUGACAUUCAAUACCACAGACAUUGCCUUCGAUAUAUUUGGUUAGUGGGUUGAUUUGUGAUGUGUUUUUAUAAGCUUUGUUGAUGUUGGUUAAAUGGACAUGGAUGAAUCUGAUGAAUUUGACCUCAGCAUAGUAUGGUGAAUUAAUUGUUGAUUUAACGCAGCAAACCACUGACUAUAGUGUUCUUUGUAUUUGAUUUCAUGGACAUCUUUUUCAGAGACAACAGUUAUGCUUAAAGACUCCUGUGAUAGUAUCAGAAGUCUGUGAAAGAAUAUUAAAUAGUUGUGUGAUGCCAUAUUUUGACAGUUACUGUUUAUACAAGGACAUGAUCUUUCACAAGUUUGCUUUGCUUUUUGGGGCUCAUUCUCUGUGCAUUGUGAGUAGGAGAUUGUUGGUGUGUAGUGGAAUACGCAUUCAUGAUUGUGAUGCAUUUAAUAUGGUGGUCGUGUGAUAGUUCAUCAGACUGGAAGCCCAUGCAUGGUGGAGGAAGUAUAAUCUGACUUUACUAUUGUGGUUGACAUACUAAUAUGUUGAAGAUCAAGUAGGCCAUCUGUCUAUUUAUCUAACUUUUGACCUAUCUACCGGUCUAUCGGUCUGUCUUUUUCUACCUGUCCAUUUUUACCUCCCUUCAUGACUUGCCAAAGCAGUCCAUAUGUUUUCUCACUCUCUUUUUGUGAAUGAUCCAUGUCCUGCUUCUAACAGGUGGCUUGGAAUGUUUUUAGAUUCAUGUCUUUGUGUGUUCAUGUCAGUAUUUCAGAGAAGGUGUUUAUGUAGUGCGAUAACAUCUUAUUCCAUUUUCCCUGACUGGGUAGAAUCGGGAAUUAUGUUUUUUUUUUCAGAGCAAUCAUGACGGGUUGCCAGUAAUACAGAAAGAGUUUGGCACAAUGACACUGUGUUUGCACAGUAUGAGCGACACAGUUUUUACAGAUAAUGCAUGUACCUGAUAACAAUGAUAUCAAUAAUUGAAUUCAUGCCCUUUCACCUAUGCCUGCCCUAAGAGGAAACUACACUGCAUGCUAAGACUAUGAUGCAGUUUUGCACCGGCUGAUCAAGAGACCUCGCCGGGUCUGCUGAAUCAGAUUCCUCUCCAUUUAGAGAGUCCAAGCUCAACAGCCAUUCUAAAAAAGCUUACCCAACUGCAUUAACUGAACGUAGAAAUAACAUUAGCAUUACCAUCUUGCGUUUCGUGUAUGAAUUAAAUGUGUGUUUGAGUGUUUUCAUAACAGAUGAGAAUGAUCUGUUAUGACAUUGCAGGCCUAGGAGUACAGUAUCAUUUUUAGGGCGUUUUUUGACAGUGCUUGCAGUACACCAAAAAUACUCCGAGUGGCACUAUUUACCAAUUUUAGCCUUUUACAAACGCAUCUACACCCCCUGAUUUAAUAUUACAGUAGAGAGUAGAGACUCUAGUAUAGGCAAUCCAUGAGCACAACAAAAGCUGUGAUGUGGUAGCCUAACACUAAAAGGGAAUUGUCGAUAUUUCUUAUAUUAUAAGUAACGUCACAUUCCAUUGAGGAAUACGUUUUGUUUGUUUUCACCGGGAGGACUACGGCUAGAUCGCUUUGUGAUAACAUGAUGAAGGAAUACGAGAGCAUUUUUCAUUUUCGUGCUGUGUUCUGCAUUGCAUGUAUUGCUGUCUCUGUACGCACUUGCAAUGGCGACCUGAGCUAUUCCGUGCCAGAGGAAAUGAAGAAAGGGACGGUGUUUGGAAAUAUGGCAAAGGAUCUUGGUCUCAGUGUCAAAGGACUAUCGGAUCGCAAAGCUCGUGUAGACAUGGAAGGGAAUGACAAACGCUUUUUUGAUCUUCAGGGAGGAGAACUGGUUAUCGCAGAGAGAAUAGACCGGGAGGAGCUCUGCGGGUCGAAGCCAUCAUGCUCGUUAAAUUACGAAUUGGUUUUGGAGAACCCAUUGGAAUUGCAUCGAAUUGCACUGCAGAUUGAGGAUAUAAACGACAACCCACCUCGUUUUCCAAAGAAUGAAAUCAAACUGGAAAUCAGGGAAUCUGCCGAUAAAGGCGCACGUUUCCCUUUGAAUGAGGCGCACGAUUUGGAUGUGGGGCGAAACGGAAUUCAAAGCUAUUUAUUGGAGAAGAACGAUUAUUUUACCCUAGCUGUAAAUUCUAAUUCGGAUGGGCGAAAAUACAGUGAAUUAGUUUUGGAUAAAGAGCUUGAUCGGGAACAGCAGCAGGAGGUGACAUUGUUGCUUACAGCCAGUGACGGAGGCUCUCCACAAAGAUCUGGUACUGCAGUCAUACGUGUUAUUGUACUUGACGCCAACGAUAAUCUUCCAGUAUUCAGUCAAACCAUUUACAAAGUUAGUCUUCCAGAAAAUUCUCCUUUGGGAACUGUUGUUGUGACCGUGACUGCUACAGACGCAGAUGAAGGGGCAAAUGGAGAGGUCACUUAUGAAUUUAGUCACAUAUCUGAUAAAGCGCUCAGACUGUUUUCUAUUGAUGAAGUGACCGGAGAGAUCAAAGUAAUUGGACCUAUAGACUAUGAGGACAAAUAUGAGUAUGAAUUAAGGGUUCUGGCCAAAGAUGGGGCAGGAUUAGCCUCUAAUGCCAAAGUUGAUAUACAGAUCACAGAUGUUAAUGACAAUGCACCUGUGAUAUCUAUUAAAUCACUUAAUGCACCCAUCCCUGAAAAUGUAGUGCCAGGCACAGAAGUAGGGAUUAUUAAUGUCCAGGAUAAAGAUACAGGGGGAAAUAAACAGAUUCGCUGCUCCAUUCAGCAAAAUGUUCCUUUUAAAUUAAAUCCAUCUUUUAAAAACUAUUACACACUGGUUACCACAGCUGAACUGGACCGUGAGCUUGUAGGUGAUUAUAACGUAACAGUUACAGCUACUGAUGAAGGGUCUCCACCAUUGUCUUCCUCUAAGACGAUCCAUCUUUCUGUAUCUGAUGUAAAUGAUAAUCCACCUGUCUUUGAGGAGCAGUCCUACAGCACAUAUGUGACUGAGAAUAACAAGCCUGGCUCCUCUGUCUGUUCUGUUACUGCGAGAGACCCAGACUGGAGACAGAAUGGCACAGUGUUCUACUCUCUGUUGCCCAGUGAGGUCAAUGGUGUUCCGGUCUCAUAUUUAUCCAUUAAUGGAGACACAGGGGUGAUCCAUGCUGUGAGGCCCUUUGACUAUGAGCAGUUCAGAAGCUUCAAAGUUCAGGUUGUAGCCAGAGACAAUGGUUCUCCUCCACUCAGCAGCAACGUGACUGUGAGUGUGUUCAUAACAGAUGAGAAUGAUAACUCUCCUCAGAUAUUAUACCCUACUCCAGAAGGAAACUCCUUCAUGACUGAGAUGGUUCCUAAAGCUGCUCUUUCUGGCUCGCUGGUCUCCAAAGUGAUCGCUGUUGAUGCUGACUCUGGACAGAACGCGUGGCUGUCAUAUCAGAUCGUCAAGUCAACUGAUCUGGGACUUUUCACUAUUGGUCUCCACAGUGGAGAGAUCAGGGCUCAGAGGGACAUUUCUGAAUCUGACAGCAUGAAGCAGAACCUUGUGAUCUCAGUGAAAGAUAACGGACAGCCCUCUCUCUCUACAACCUGUGCCGUAUAUUUACUCAUCUCUGAUAACUUGGCUGAAGUUCCUGAACUGAAAGACAUGUCUUAUGAGGAGAGCAAUUCUAAACUCACAUCUUAUCUGAUCAUUGCUCUGGUCUCCGUUUCUACCUUCUUCCUCACUUUCAUCAUCCUGAUCAUUGCUGUGAGGUUGUGUCAUAGGAGAAAGCCCAGACUGUUGUUUGAUGGAGCAGUAGCCAUUCCCAGUGCAUAUUUACCUCCCAACUAUGCAGAUGUUGAUGGAACUGGAACUCUCCGAAGUACUUACAACUAUGACGCCUAUAUGACCACAGGGUCACGUACGAGUGACUUCAAGUUUGUUACAUCCUACAAUGACAACACGCUGCCUUCUGGCACCACUCUGAAGAGGAGCCCAGUUGACAACAGUGACUGUCUUAACUUCACUUCACUUGACUUCAUUGAGAAUGGAUCAAAAUGCUCCACCCUGGUAAAUCAUUUAAAUCUUUACUUUUUGGAAUAUGUUUCAUAAUUACAGGUUUUGGUUUAAAGAUGUGGUCAAAUUCUAUGAACCUAGGAUAAGGCAAUAUUUUUACUUUUGUGUCCUUCCAAACACUUUCCAUUACAUUCAAACACCUGCUGAAUUUCCAAACUUGCUUUCCCUUCAGUAGAAAUUAGCUGAUUUCUAUAUUCUGUUCUAUAUUCUGACAGGUAUUCUUUGCAUUUUCAGAAUGCAAAUGGUCUAUCACAGAUUUUUCUAUGCUAAGUAUACUGUUAAUUAUUUCUGUCUGAUCUCUGACAUUCUGUACCACAGAUAUUGCCUUAGAUACUUUUGGUUAGAUGGUUGAUAUGUGAUUUGUACCUUAGCGUAUUGAUUAUUUAUUUACUUAUUCAGAGAGAACAUUUAUGUUUCAAAACUCCUCCUAAUAUCAGACAUUAGUGAAAGAAUAUAACAUGGUUCCUAAUACUCUUUCUGGCUCGCUGAUCUCCAAAGUGAUCGCUGUUGAUGCUGACUGGACAGAACACAUGGCUAUCAUAUCUUGAUUGUGUCACUGAGGUUUUGCCGUAAGACAAAGCCCACGUUGUUGUUUGAUGGAGCAGUUGCCAUCCCCAGUGCAUAUUUACCUCCUCAUUAUGCAGAGGUUGAUGGAACUGGAACUCUCCGCAGUACUUACAACUAUGACGCCUAUAUGACUACUGGCUCCCAUACCAGUGACUUUAAAUUUGUUACAUCAUACAGUGACAACUUCUGACACAACUCUGAAAUAGAGCCCAGUUGACAACAGUGACUAUCUUGACUUUAUUGGCAAUAGAUCUGUCCUCCACUCUGGUAAAUCAAUUUGAAGAUAAUUAUUGACUUGCGUAUUUUCAUGAUUCUGAUGGUCUCAUACUACAUUUCCAUGGGUAAAUCAGCUAGAAUGUUUACAUUUUUGCUUUUUGUGAAGAAUAUCUCUAUGCAUUUGGGGAUAUAGUAGUAAAGAUCUAGUAGAGUUACAUUUACAUUUACAUUUAGUCAUUUAGCAGACGCUUUUGUCCAAAGCGACGUACAAGGGACAGAGGAUCUGAAUCUGAAUUACUUGUCUGUUUUUAUUGUAAAUAAUACAUUCACCAUCAGUGCGAAGGUUGUUUGAAUACAGCAGUAGUGACUUUGUUGCUUUGGCCCACAUUUGCGUUUCCAUUUUUUUACCCAUAUUAUGGCAUUCAAAUGAGGUUUCAUAUAUUUGUUUGUAAGUGGUUUUUUUUCAAUGUUUAAAUUCAUGGGUGGUGCGUUAAAUAGGUUUGGUCACUAUGAAAUGUACAUGCAUGGCACUUUUUGACUGAUUUCACUGCAUUUGGCCCAAUGUUUAAAUACAAAAUGUCUGACAAAUGUA